GGAAGAGUUAGGUCUGUUUUGCGACCUUUGCUUCAUUUUUGAGGCGUUUUUUAGUUUGACCAGAUGUCAGAUAAAACCGUGAAACGUCCAGGAGUUGGGGUCGGGGUGCUGGUUACAGACUCAGCCCACCCAGGCUGCGUUCUCCUGGGAAAACGAAGAAGCGAAAUGGGCAAAGGGAAAUGCCAGCUCCCCGGCGGCCACUUGGAGUUUGGGGAGACGUGGGAGGAGUGCGCUCAGAGAGAGGUGUUGGAGGAAGCAGGGGUGCGUUUGGUGAACGUCCGCUUUGCAUCAGUGGUGAACUCCAUCAGGCUGGAGGAGCAGUACCACUACGUCACCAUAAUCAUGCGAGGAGAGCUGGACCGGAGGCAGUCAGGAGAGCCAGAGAAUCUGGAGCCAGAGAAGAAUGAGGGUUGGACGUGGACGCACUGGGACCAGUUUCCUCCUGAGGAGCAGCUCUUCUUGCCACUAGCCGGUCUGAGACAACAAGGCUUCCAGCCGUUCAGGAACACAGUAACAAAUGCUGAAACUCAGCUGUGAUACUGCCCACUACCUUGGGAAACCAAAACUCAAACUCAUCAAACAUCUUUUUCCUUAUGGUAGAUACAGUACUGCCAUUUUUGACAGUAUUGUGAAUUGUUAUUGUGACACACAGAUUCUCAGCUGUGCAUUCACUCAGAUGUUUAAAACACACACAUAAACACAAGAAAAUGGAUUUUAUUCUUUUCGGGCAAGUUACAUAAAGAAAUGGACUUGGAAAUAUUGUAAAGCAUCAUUGAUUGGCUGCAAUAUGACAUUUAUGGAAGUUAAUGAGCAGAUGGAAACAUUUCAGAUCAUUCAGGGACAUUUCACAACAGUCCUAUAACAGUGUGAACCAAGGAUGCAUUGAUAUUUAUCAACACCUGCAUUUCUGCACUAUUUAUCAGAAUUAAUGAGCAUAUUCUUCCCCAAGUGAGAGUAAAAACGUAUUAAACAUAUUAUCUGAAAAGCUGGAACUGUUUCCUAAACUAAUAUAAGGCCUAAAUUAAAUACUAGUAUGUACAAGAUAACUGUAACUGAAAGAAAUAUAGCUUUGGUCAGUUUCCCCCUCGUGCAGUUUUUUUCCACCUCACACCAGGGUGGUGCCGGUGACCCCCACUGCUAACAGCAUGGUCCACAGGGCAGCAGCAGUUGCCACGGCACCGCUAAAGGUCUUGUCGUGGGCGUAGGUGAUGAUGUGCAGAGCUCCGCUGUAGGCCUCCUCGCAGGUCGGUUGGAUCUGAUCCUCGGGAAGCUCGAAGCCAAACUUAUCAUCAUCCCUCAGCUCAAAGGUGUAGGUUAAGGGGAUCCCCUGCAGGCGGGCCCAGUCUCUGGAUGAACCGGAGUUGGGGUCUGUAAGGUGAAAGAGGGUGUAAUUGUCAACAUGCAUGAGUUUGGUAUUUGGUCAUAAACCAAAUUAUGACCAUUCCUAGAGCCGCGCUGUCGGCAGAGCUAACCCUGCUAAAUCCGCGACCAACAGUGAUGUCCGUACUUACACAACACAUCCGGCGAGGUUCCUACAGUGUAGUUCAUGCCAUGCACCUUCCUAAUGGCGUCCGCUGCAGCCAAACCCACUUCCAUCUGAGGAACCAGACAGUAGCUUUUGUCAUACAAUCACCGAGGUGUACCGUCCUGUAUCGAGUACGCUAGUUUGACAUAACUCUAAGGCAACUGAGGCAAUGGACAUCCUGUUUUUGCAAUUCUCUCCAGAUUGUGGCCCCAGUGGGUUAUUACCUGUGUGUUGUUUGUGCACCAUUGAAAUGUACUCUUUUUCUAACAGACAAUAUUAAAUACAAAACCUUGAAAUGAAUUCAU